AUGGCGUCCUCCCACCCUCAAACCACCCAAUUUCUCCACCAACUGCCUGCAGAAAUCAUCCUCUCAAUCGCCGACGCACUGUCGGUUAGGGAUCUCAACCGGCUACUCCGAUCGUGCCGUCGCUUUGCCAGCCUCCUGCGGCCCCGCCUCUAUCGGCUCGCGACAACGUACACAUUCGAAGCGCAUGGGCGGCGCAAAUCCCCCUUGACCUGGGCUGCUGAACAUGGAAUACUCUCCACUGUCCAAGAGAUGCUGGACGCAGGCGCAGAUGUUACAGCCACGGUGGGCGGGUUCACCGCGUUCUACCAAGCCCUCAGGAACGGACACACCGAGGUUGUUCGGGUUCUCCUAGACGCUGGGGCCGAUCCGCUGCCGAGCAAGAGUAAUGGAGGCAUUCCGCUGGUGCUGGCUGCCCAGCACGGGGAUGAAGAACUGCUUCGCCUGCUCCUCAGGGUGACGCCGACAAACGCGACGGGGGAGCGUGCGAACUACGAGCACGCGGUGGCAAGGGCGAUAUACCAUGGGCAUAUCCGCCUGGUGCGGUUCAUGCUGGACAAUGCGGCAGGAUGGCUAGACGUCGCCCAUAACGGGCACUUGAUCUAUCAAGCAGCGAGUACGGGGAACUGCGAUAUGAUCCGGCUGCUCAUCGGCUAUGGGGCGACGGUCGAGCCCCUGCAUCGCACGGCGCGACAUCCGCUCGUCGUCGCCGCACAGAACGGGCACAAGGAGGCCGUGCAGCUGCUCAUGACGCUCUCCAAGGAGAAAUCUGCGCCCACGGCGGAGCCGGUCAAGGACCCCGAAGAGCGGUCGAUCUCGGCGCGCCUGGUCGACCGGUUCGGCACCGAUGUCUCGCAGCCUACCAAGGACGGCCUGACGCCGCUGCAGAUCACACUGGAGGAGUUUAGCCCGCCGGAGGUCAUCCACCAACUGCUCGACCUCGGCGCCGAGCCGAGCGUCCAGUCCAGAGACGGGUCGACGGCACUGCACACGUUGGUCCGGUUGAAACGGUAUGACCUACUCGAGACUCUAAUCGACGGCGCCUCGCUCUCUGCCUCUGACAGCAAAGGCAGAACACCGUUGCUGUUAGCGGUUGCUGUGUUCAACGUCUCAGCGGCGUCGCUUUUCAUCGAGUGUGGAGCUGAUCUUGCAGCCAGGGAUAUACACGGAAGAACUGUGCUGCACCUAGCGGCGUCUCACUCUUCAGGAGUGAUUCUGUCUAUGCUUCUAAGGGCGGGAGCGGACGUCUCUGCGACGGACGAGGCCGGUCGGAUUCCGCUGCAUUACACGACAUUUGGAUCUAAUCUUACAAUCCCUAGCGCGUUUAUCGCUACACACAGAGCUACAAGAACCGACCACCUCGUCCGAUCGCACACCGGCCGAACCGUCUUGGAUAUGGCGGCCGAGAGCGGGAAUCUGGAUUUGGUAAGGGAAUUGAUCCGGGAGGGUGCAGACGUCAACAGCCACUGGGAGGGAUACUCGCCGUUGCACGCCGCCGUCGCCAACAGACACCCAGAACUUGCGGAACUGCUCCUCUCCCAUGGCGCCAACCCGCUGCGUCUCGACUACUACGGGCAGACCCCUUUCGACCUUGCCGCGGGCGAUCGAUCAAUGCUGGACGGGCUCGCACGAUGGUGCGAUAUCCCAUAUACACGCACCGACAGAGACACGAGACGAGGCGUCUUGAAGGAGAGCGUCCUUCGAUUCGCGUCCCGGAUAUCAGAUGGCCAAACGGGCGACUUCUACAAACUAGCCAAGUGUCUUGUAUACCUCAAGGAUGAUGAGGCAGCGCUCGCCGCGUUUAGGCAGGCGGCCAGAAUACGCGCGUGCGAAGACGACCUUCGGUACCCGAUGUGCUGCGGCGGGUGUCGCAAACGGCUCAACGCCCCCAGAUUCUCAGAGGCUGUGGUGUUAGUCUGCCGCAGAUGCCACGAGCUUGAUUUUAGCGACCCGUCGCCCUUCUUGGGCUUUUAUUCUACCGAUGCCGGGUUUGCUACGCCUUCAAAUAGUGACGAGAGGGGGAAUGACGAGCUCUGGAACGAACAGCUUGAGCAAAUCAUACGUCCCCGAUACGUCGCAAAGCCAAUGUCAAAACAACGUGUUACCCGAAUAUUCGGCUAUAUUGCAAUCCCCAGCAUUGUAACAGGUCUUGGGAUUCAUUCAGGCCUGAAACACCUUGAGAAUAAAUAUCCAGAAUUACCGCCCGCAGCAGCAGGAAGCAAAGCCCUCAGCACGCCAGCUCGACCAACUCAGCACUGCCCAUACACCGAUAUCUACGCGGCAAGGAUUCCGCUCCGUGCUCUGCAGGCACGAACGCGGCACCCUGAGACAAAGGACCAAACCGCGCUCGAGGAGGCUUGGGCACGCUCUUUAUUAUCGUGUCGGCUCCUGCGCACCGAAGCGUCGCUCAUCGGGUUACUUACCAGGGGUAAAUAUGAGCCUGGCGACCUUGGGGACAACGGGUUUGGGCCUGGUCCCGGCUCGGAACCCCGCGUCCUGCUGAACGGGGCGUUGACGGUACAAAGACAGCCAGGCGCGGAAGGAAGCAAUAGCCUUCUUGUUUCCUGGAAGAUGCCCGAUGGACCGCGGCUAUUCUUUGAGAAAAUUGCGCGCUGGGGAUACCCGUGGCGACUGAUGUCUGGCGGUCGACAUGAGAUGAUUGUUUCCGAGCCGUUCAACGUCAAGGGACAGGGCGAGAUGGUGGAAGUCAGGUUCUCGGCAGCGCAUGAUUACGAGAUUGUCGAGGAGGAAGGGGGCCUGCAACAGCAAAAAGUUCUGCCUGCUUGGGCGAUCCGGUUGCAUCGCGGGUACGCGCGGUUGAUCCUUGAUAUGGCAGCCAGAGAUGUGGAGAGGGGGACUUAAGACGAACAAGUGAUUGGUUUCAAUGCGCGUUUCUAGUUUUGGUCCGACCUGCCAU